CCCCUUACUGGGAAAGGAAGUGUCUACGUGGCCUGCGGAAACGGGAUGGGCGGAAAUGAGCUAAGGUUCCCGCAGGUGGGGAAGCGGGAGGUCGAGGCUGGUGCCACGCCCCCGAACCUCUUGAGCAACUAUCGCAGCAAAAAGGAGAAAAAAAGGUCAUGCUAUCCUCUCAAAUGUGAAUACUCUCCUGCCUCCUCUACUUACCAGUGGGACAAAGCUUCAGCAGAUUCCUGACUCUUAGCAGGUCCUUGGAAAAUGGUACUUCAGCCAAACCUGUUCUCUACUUCCUUCUGCCCUCAAGCUGAAAGAAUACAAGCACGAAUAGACUUGCUUGAAAAACCUCUGAAAGAGAAAGUUGGAUCCAUCUGCUGCUUCUUAUUCUAUAGAUCCAAUUAUUUCCCUUUUUCUACAAUCAAGACAGCUUGUCUGGCAAAAGGACUCUGGACUGCUUGGCGGCCUGCUCUUCUUUUCCAAGGUGAACACUCUGCCUUAGGAGAAAUGGGGUUAAUAAACAAGAGUGAAGGAGAAGAACAGCUCAAGUCCAGCAACUCUCAUUUGCCCAGUGAAGAUCAAGGAGAAGAAAUCCAGCAGCCCGGAGAGGACACUGAGGCUCUUCUUCGACCCCAGAAGCACCCGGUGCGGGCAGCAUGCUGCCACCAAGAAGGCUGGCAGUGCCCUCUUGAGGAAAGCCUGGGUACUGCCGGGAGCCCAGCUGGACUCUGGAAAACAUUUUGCCAAGGGCAUCCAACAGAAUCAAUGGAAGCUGAAUCACAGAAAAAGGAGAAGAGGACAAAGAUACUCAGAGAGAAAAAGUAAAGGACCGAAGAAGGAGCCUGGAGAGACCAGGAUCCUGCCAGCUGAACAAAGUCAGCCGCAAAGCAGACUAGCCAGCCGGCUGCAAUUGGAGUCAGAG